ACUUGUCUGGUUUGAAAAAGAACUUGUAUUUGGCGAGAUAUGCUUGAAGCUGACUACAAGAACAAGCUGGAAGAAAAGAGUAUUGAUUUAUAUUGCCGUGUGAAUGAAAGAGUUCUUGACCUAGAGAUGCAUGAAGAGCGCGUAAAAACAAUCAGAAGAUGCUUCAAGCAACAGUUAGCUGACGUUAUUGCACAAAUAUCCAAUGAAUAUGAGCGGUUUAUCAAUAAGGAGAUUGCGAAGCGCGAAAAACUUGAGAACUGUAAGAAAAAUGACGACUUGUUGAAAAAGCAGCGCGGUAAGGCAGCCGAACAACAAGAAGCGUUACUCAUGAUGAUGAAGAUGCAAUUAAAGGAACAACAAGAAAUUGCUGAUAGAGAGCUAGAAGAUGCGUUAAACCAACAAUACAUGGCUCAGCAAGAUGAAUCCAGCAGCGCUGAACGCAAGCACCUUGUGUCACAAAUUGAUGAACUGGAAGCUAAACUGGAGGAUAUGGAUUCAGCUCUGAAACAGUACGAAGAAGAGAACAAACAGAUGACGCGAGAAGUUCGUAGCCUUUCAGAUAAAUUGAAUCAAGAACAAGCAAUCACAGACCGUCUAAAACAAGAAGUCAUUGAUGCGAAAGCUGAAUGUGAACGCGAAAAAAAGGAAUCAACAAAACAGCUUGAAAGACAGAAACUCUACCUACAACAAAAUUACGACAACCGUUUGCGAAAAGUGCAAGAAGAUAUGGUUGCUACCUCACAGAAGCAAAUGGAAGAACUUAUGACGAAGCAGAUUUCGAAAUAUCGAGCACGCGAGCUGGAAAAUAGACGUGAACUCGAGGAAGCUUUGAAAAAAAAGGAAAGGGAUGUGAUUCCUGAUUCGGAGAAAGACUCAGCGAUAAGAAAGUUGCAAAAUAUUGAAGUGAAACUGAAUGCAGAGAUUGCAAGUUUACGGAAAGAAUUAGAACGUGUGAACAAAACAUGGGAGACGAAGGUGGCGAUACUUAAGCAAAGUAUGCAUGCCUUGAAAGACGAAGCAUUUUUGAGAAUGACUCUUCAAAGGCAAGCUGCCCGAUUGCAUCAGGCCUCUCUCACAUACGCCAGUGAUGGACCAUUUAUUAUACCUCGAGAUCCUGUUCCACUGAAUAAGAGAUUUAAAGUUAUUCCUCCGAGUAGCUUUGAAGGUGAUAAAAACUGUGCUACCAGACAAGAUCGCCUUGUUUGCUCAGAUGGCGACUCAAAACAUGAAGGCAAUGGCCAGUUAAGAAUCAAUUCCCAGUCUUGUGAAACACUAAACGCCGCCAAAGUUCACACUCAGUUAUGAGGCAGCAAAACAUAGAGGCGCUGUAGUUAUCUAUAAGAAGAUGGCGAGUUUUUUUGUUUUAUGGUGGUUUCGAAAUGGUCGCAAGAAAAAUGAAACAACGUUUGCUAAAGCUGUAAAUGUUUUAUUGCGUUCGAUUGUCUUUAUAGAUUGCCAUUUUCAAUAUGCUUUUGUUGCUAAAAGUUACUUUAUUUCUACUUUUCCCAGUGUCAAUGAUAUUCAGCGGCAACCAAAAAGGUGUAAUGUUUUUAUACCACAUACAUACGCAAUGGUCAAUUCUAUUAAACAUGUGCUCUCAUAGAA